AUGGACGGUGGAGGCGCCGGCGACGGCAACAUGGUAGUUGGCAAAGUCUUGGACAGCGGCGUUUUGCCUCUUGAGGUCUCGUCAUCCUCUUUUGAUGUGGGAGUUGUUCUCGACGGAAAUUCAUUGUCCGACAUUUCAUAUCCGUUCAUCCGCAAUGUGAGCCACAACGGAGUGGAAUCCAGCGUAACCACUGCUUCGGCAACGGUGACUCAGCUUUGCAGAGUGGAUUGCGAGGUGAUGAGGUACAGAGAGAAGAGGAAGAAGCACAAGUUCCAGAGGUCAAUCCGAUACGCCUCCCGGAAAGCCUAUGCCGAAACCCGGUCGAGAAUCAAAGGCUGGUUCGCAAAAGCACCGAGACCGAAAUGGAGGUGA